UCGGCGUAGCGCCGGGGGGGCCGUGGCAGGUGCGUGGCGUCGAGCGGUGUUUAUACGUCGUACGCGUCGAGUUGAGCGUGGGCGCUGCCUGCGCUCUUGUUGCAGCCACCGCUGGCGCUAUGGGGCAGUCGGACGCCAACAACGGCUUUCUCCGCGCUGCCCGCGAUGGCAAUCUUGAUGAAGUGAUUCGUUUUAUCAAGGACGGUGUUCAUGUCAACGCAUGCAGCCAGAAUGGCUUGAGCGCGCUUCACAUGGCGAGCAAAGAGGGUCGCGUCUCCAUCAUCAGGGAGCUGCUCAAGUGUGGGGCAUCCGUUGCUGUCACCACCAAGAGUGGCAACACACCGCUGCACGUGGCGGCCCUAGCCGGUCAAGAGGAGAUGGUUCGCUUGCUGGUUCAGGCUGAUGCCAACGUGAAUAUACAGGGACCGAAUGGCUUCACUCCGCUGUACAUGGCGGCCCAGGGGAACCAUGUGACCGUGGUGAAGUGCCUCUUAGCCAGCGGGGCAGACCAGGGCAUCGCCACAGAGGACGGCUUCACGCCGCUGGCGGUGGCGCGGCAGCAGGGCCACGACAAGGUGGUAGCCCUGCUGCUGGAGAACAGCGCGGGUGGUGAGACCCCCCUGUCUGCCCCUGGCGUCACGAACGACGGCUGCAAGUCUGCCGAACACGGCUCCAGCGUAGCCCAAAGCUCGAGUGCGCUCGCUUCUUCGAAACGAUCGUGGGCAAGCAGGCUUGGUAGAUGGCUUAGAAACAAGAAAACCUGAGACCCGUUCGGUCAUGACUGUUGUGACUGUCAAACGUUUCAUCUGUGUGUGUUAUGUCUUCGUUUCAUCAUCGCCAUGCAUAAGGUCAUGCGCUCAGCGGCACUCAUAACAGUACGGACGCCCCACCAGAGUGCUGUGUUCAGCUGAGUUAAUGGAUUUGCGGCGGAAGUACAGCCAGGAAUCAUGGGAAUAAACUGCGGCGGAAGCACAGCCAGGAAUCAUGGGGAUAAACUGCGGCGGAAGUACAGCCAGGAAUCGUGGGAAUAAACUGCGGCGGAAGUACAGCCAGGAAUCAUGGGAAUAAACUGCGGCGGAAAUACAGCCAGGAAUCGUGGGAAUAAACUGCGGCGGAAGUACAGCCAGGAAUCAUGAGAAUAAAUGUGACAGCUCUGUUAGUGCUCUGCGGUCACUGUUGAGUGGCUCCGGAAGUACAGCCAGGAAUGGUGGGAAUAAACUGCGGCAGCCGGAGGUACAGCCAGGAAUCAUGAGAAUAAAUGCGAGAGGUCCGUUAGUGCUCUGCUGUCACUGUUGAGUGGCUUUUUGCAUGGAAUGGUAUGAACAGGAGUCCGGAACGGUGCGCCGCUUCGCCACCAACACAAGACACCGGCCGGUGACCUGAAGCUGACCCCUGCGAAGCAAACGUCACAAGAGGAAGCUGCUAUUAUAGCAUUGCAAGGUGUGGCCUCAUUGGCGAUGAUCUGUGAUGUCUGUGAUGAUCUAUGU